AUGAGUUUCUCGCGAGUGACACGUGAAAAAUUUCUUCGUGAGACUCACGCAGCAACAGAUUCUGAAGUGGCCUAUCUCGAUUCUGUUUACCAAUUAAGACAUGAACGCCGUGAAGAUACAAGAUCAUAUUGGCAACCAUCCGAAAUACUCGAUGUCUGGCUAUUUCAAGGCACUUGGGAACAAGCAAAUGAUUCAGCACUACUCAAUCGACUCGCGAUUACACAUAUCAUUAAUGUUACUGAUAAGAAACUUCAUGAUCCAUCACGUCAAAUACUUCAUAUUCAGAGCAAAGAAGGUCGUUCCGCUGAUCUUUUAGAAUCGUUUAAUACAACAAAUUCAUUUCUUGAUACAUGCCAUGAACAAGGCUAUCGAGCUUUUGUACAUUGUCAUCGUGGUGUAUCUCGUUCUUCAACAAUUAUUCUCGCCUAUUUGAUGCAUUGCAAAAAAUGGAAUCUUUUACAAGCCUAUGAAUAUUUGUUGACCAAACGACAACAAGCAUUACCAAAUCCCGUUUUGUUUCUUCAGCUUAUACGUUAUGAAAAUAGUUUGAUUGAAGCAAAGAGUGAACAAUAA